CUGGCUCUUUUUAAUCGACUUAAAAAAAACCGGAAGAAGUUAUCAAUACACCGUGGAUUUUUUUUUAAGUGCCAGUCUGUCAUCUAUUUCAUAGACUAUUUAUGUUUAGAAUGCAAUUUCGUCAGCUAUCUGUAACACAUGGUUGAAUUUGUUGGUCUAAGACGUAUAUCGAGACAGCUAAUUUAUAAUAAUACUAAUUGUUGUACAAUACAUAUUUGCAAAUGGGAAUGCACAUUAAACAAUUGCUGCUUAUUUUACAGUCGCUGGUCACACGCACACACUGGGUCAUUCGUGUGUUGUGGGUGAAUAAACUCUCUGAGGUACAAGAAGAACGAAAAAACAGUCAAAACAAUAACAUUUUUAUUUCUUUUACCUACAAAACUAAUAGUAUGUUCACUAAUUUAAACGCAUAAUUUAUUUUUAAAAAUGAACCUAAAGGAAAUCCUUUUAAAUAUGAUAACAAUUAUUAUAUUUAUUGAUCUUGAAUACUUAACUGCGUGGGUUAUAUCCACAUCCCAUUUAUGAUAAAACAAACGUAUAAUUGUCAGUUAAUUUUAUUUUGCUUCGCGCUACGGAAAUGAUAAGCUGGUUUUUAAAAAUGCGAUGUGAACUACCAAUAUUGAUGAGAUGUUGUUUCUGUGUUCCCUUAAGGCUUGGUUUGUUAAUAUGGACUUACUUAAAACUGAUUUUGAGCCUGUUCAUUUUAACUGUUUUCUGCAUACAAGCAGAACUAGUAGCGAGAAUGUCUAACCGUCAUGUACCUGAUGGAGAAAAAAGUUUUUUAGUGGCGAUGAUUAUGUUUGGUACCAUUAAUUCGUUAUUUCAAAUAGCAUUCAUUGUAGCCGCACAUAAGAAAAACUACAAAAUAAUGCGAAUUUAUUACAUAUAUAACUUCGUCUACAUUUUCAUACCUACUAUAUUGUUUAUAAUGUUCUGUAUAAUCGUUUACUCACGAUUAGGAGGUUUUAUGAUAAUGUUGCUAUCAGCCAUGCCAUUUGUUAUUAUAAUUAUUAGCAUUCCUAUAGAAUUUGUUCUCAACAUAUACCUUAUGCUACUAGUGAGGAGUGAAUUUAUAAAGCUGAGAGACAGUGGGCAAUUUGAGUUUUUCAAUCACGAAUCUGAAGCUCGGUGUGUUGCAACUCUACCGGACAAUACCAUCCCACAAGAAGGUGAAUGUUUAGAUUAAAAUUAUUGUAAGUGAUUUUUAAUAAAUAAAUUGGAAAUC